AUGUGGGCGCUUUCUUUGUUAUCUUCAAUAUAUCCAACCGCGGCGACCUCAUCGAAUUUAUUGACUGGGUCAUUCGGCCCAGAAAGCUCGUCGCGCACAGAAUGCCAGUUCACCUUGGCUGGCUGGAGAGUUUCUGGUUCUUGCACUGCGCCCUGGCGUAAGCACCAGCAUGUUCUUCGUGUUUCAAUCCACCAAAGUGCCCUGACCAAGUUCGCACUAUGGCUCAUGACGACCAUUCUCCCGCAGAGGCUGGCCCGGGCUUGCAUCCCUACCGCUUGGUCCCUACCAAACACUGUGAUAGUCAAGAAACAAAAACCCAACGUCGAAGAGGAAUUCACGACCGAGUUGUACACGUACAAAAAGCUUGGUGCGCUUCAAGGUAAACAAAUACCGAUUUGCUAUGGGGAGGCGUGCUGCGAUGGCACCCGGGCUCUCGUGCUAGGCGAGGUAGGUGGCGUGUCGCUUGCGCACCACUCGGUGUUGGUUGAAAUGUCAGAGGAGCAGAUAAAGACAAUGAUUUUAAAGGCGUAUGGCCCGAUGCUAGACCAGGGUACUGCGUACGAUGAUUGGAAGCCGGACAACCUUCAUCUGGUUAAUGGUGAGAUUGUCUUUCUGGAUUUGGAAUGGGCGUAUGAUCUGAAUGAAGAUGACCGCGAAUAUGCCGUCAUAAUUGGCCUUGAAGCAUUUCUGGAACGCUGGAAAAGGGUUAGAAGGCUGUACGAGAAGUAUGGCGAGAUUGAGUGUUGA